AUGCAGACACUCAUAGGAGGACUCUUCUACGGCCUCGUCGCCAUGGCGUGGACCGCGUUCUACAUGUCGUCAUUGGCCCAGGCCAAGGCGAGCCACCUAACCAAGCUGUGCUUCGGCGCAAUGGUGGGAAUGAUUGGCGUUUGGAACAUGCUGCUCGCAUACAGGACGCUCAUCGGGUAUCCCGCGACGCAAGAGGGCUUCCGGGCCAUUGGUGCCAUGAUUCCCAUUCCUAUUAUUUUUGAAAUCACGUUCCGUGAUAAGGAUGAGGAUGGCUACUGUGGUCGCGUGCGUAUCACCAACGAAGAAUGUUGGCCUCAGUCAGCGCCGCUGACCGGCGACUUUACCGUCAACACUCAGCACUUGACCACUCACCAAACACAGCUAUACCACGCGUCGGUGGCAGCAUCCAAUGCCGCUGGCAUCCUCAGCGCUGGUGUUUUAGGCCUUGAGUUGGCCCAAAAAUUAGGAUUUAGAAAUGUUUACUCAAAUGAAUUCAAGGCAAUGAUGCUGAUUCCCGCAUUUGGUCUCCUUACCAGUGUGGUCCCAGUCGAACAGGGCAAGGGUAUAUCGGCGGUUUCGUUUUUGGCACUCUACAUGGUUUGGAUCGCUGGACUAGUAAAACGCGAAUGGUUCUCGGCAAAGUUACUCCUCGGCGUUGGUUCUGUAAGCUUUAGCAUCCUUGGCUGGGAAGUAUGGACAGGAAACCAUGGACAGGAGUAG